GUUAUUAGCUUGAAUGCGAAGCUUUGACGAGAACCGGGAAAAAAAUGGUAUUUGGCGAAGUAAAGUUUGUACAGUGCUGUUAGCAGGCAGGGUUAGCUACAGUCUGGCUGCUAGCUCAGGUUAGCCGUGCUAACAGAAGUAAACUAAUGUUGGCUUUAAUUUCCAAAGGCGCGUUACAUUUCCGCGCGGUGUUAGUUUGUCACUUGCGCUCUUUAAUCCAAAAGGUGACACCUGACACGUGAGGGAUACACUUAUUCACAGGAAGACAGAAUCAGAUGCUAGUUUAGCAGAGCAGCUAGCCUGAGCAGGAUGCCGUCCGCGCCGAUGGACGUCACACAAGACUCGCCUUAAAUUCGGUCCGGGUUACGGUUACCGUGCUGAUCCGGACCGACAUGCAGCUGAUAAUAAAUCUUUUUAGACUUUGGUGAAGUUGGUUAGCUUACAGUGUUUACUGUAAACACGUUAACCGAGCGGAGAGAAACGGGAGCUAUCCCCACACACCGGACAUCAAACCCGGCAGACCUGAAUGGAAAUACAUGUCAGACUUGGCCAGAAUUAGAGACAUGAGAACAACUCCACUGUGUCCACCCACCACUCUGACCUCUUCAGUAAACCCAACUGCAGAUUUGAGGCUCGUGACCGACGCUGAUGGAGACUUCGGGAGUUUGCGAGCUCGAUGUGGGGACGAGACGAAUCGUAGGUGGCAACGAUUCCCCGCCCGACCUGGACAGCCCGUCUCAGGAGGAGGUGUCUGAGUUUGGUUUGGGGCUCUCCUGCACCAAUGAGGAGAGGGGGGAGACUCCAGGCCGAGAGGACAGUCCCAGCGACCUGGUGGAGGCGGAGCUCGAUGCCGGCGGAGAUGCGAAGAACAGAGAGGACAAAGCUUUUGGGAAGGAGGUGGUUCUUCUGAUGCAGGCGCUGAACGCUCUCGCCACUCCCGAGGAGAAGCUGGCCGCUCUGUGCAAGAAAUACGCCGACCUGCUGGAGGAGAGCCGCUGCAUGCAGAAGCAGCUGAAGGCCCUGCAGAAGAAGCAGUCUCAAAUCGUGAAGGAGAAGGUGCACCUGCAGGGGGAGCACAGCAAGGCCAUCCUGGCCCGCAGCAAGCUGGAGAGUCUCUGCCGGGAGCUGCAGAGACACAACAAGACCCUGAAGGAGGAGAACGCCCAGCGGUCCAGGGAGUACGACGAGCAGCGGAAGGAGGCCAUGCUGCACUUCCAGAUGACCCUGAGCGACAUCGAGGUGCAGAUGGAGCAGCACAGCGCCCACAACACCAAGCUGAGGCAGGAGAACAUGGAGCUGGCCGAGAAGCUCAAGAAGCUCAUCGAGCAGUACGAGCUCCGAGAGGAGCACAUCGACAAAGUGUUCAAGCACAAGGAGCUGCAGCAGCAGCUGAUGGACGCCAAGCUGCAGAGAAUCACCGAGAUGAUGAAGGAAGUGGAGGAGAAGCAGCAGCGUGAGAGAGACUUUCUGCUGAAGGACGCCACCGAGUCCAGACGCAAGUGUGAGCUGAUGAAGGAGCAGGAAACCCAGCUGAAGCAGCAGCUCUCUCUGUACAUGGACAAGUUCGAGGAGUUCCAGAGCACCCUGGCUAAAAGCAACGAGGUCUUCACCACCUUCAGACAAGAGAUGGAGAAGAUGACCAAGAAGAUCAAGAAGCUGGAGAAGGAAACGACCCAGUGGAGGACCAAAUGGGAGAGUAAUAACCAGGCGCUGCUGCAGAUGGCAGAGGAGAAAACGCUGCGUGACGGUCACUUCAAGGCUCUGCAGGGGAAGCUGGAGCUGCUGGAGAGGCUGUGCAGAGCUCUGCAGAAGGAGAGGAACGACCUGAAUAACCGACUCAGCCUCCUCCAGGAGCAGGGAGACAAAGGGAGCGCCACAUCUCCUCAGGCCAAGCCGCGAGAGCCUUCGGCCGAGGAUGGAGAGGAUUCGGAGGAUUCAGCGCAGGGUGACGGGCCGGAGACGGCGGCCGUUCAGGAAGCUCUCAGACCACCUGAAACAGACCCGAUGGCGUCUCCUGGUGACAGCGAGCCUGCAGAGACGGCGAGCACGCCGCAGGACUGAGCUCACCUCGCAGCCUGCGUGGAGGUGAGGGGGCGUGGUGGGAGGGGCUUCACGCAGCUCCAGCCUAGUUCCACAACUAGCCAGAAAACCAUCUUCAGUGGAGAUGGAGCUCUUUUUUUUUUUUUAACAUAGACCUCCUCAGAUUUCUACACAGAAGCUGAAGCCGUGUCUCUUUGUGUGAUAAAUGAUUGUAUCAGAUUCUCUAAAUCGUGGCCCACGGUAACGAUCGGCACUUCUUCAUACUCCCCGUUUCUACUCGAUCUUUAUUUUCAUAGGGAACCUCCAGGCGGGCCUUCGAUUUCUCUCCUCACACGCCUGAGUAUGACUUUGAUUUGAGUCGGACACGCUGUCGAGUGUCUGAGGAAACGGGACUGGGGUCAGAGGUCAUCUGACUGACCACAGGGGCGGGAAAUGGCAGAACCUCGCAGUGUAGUUGGUUCUAAGUGUUUCCAGCAGAUUGAGUCUGUCUGCUGCAGCCACGAUUUCAGUCAGUCUUAAAUUUUAUUAAUGAUGAAUGAGUCUGUGGAUGUCUCCUCCACCAUGAUGCAGCUCCACCUGCUGCACGUUCAGGUGAGAGGAAACUUUCAGAGGACAUCAGCGGCACUGAUCCACGGUGCAGCUCUGAUCACGUUUAAACGAAUGUUUAGAAAAAUAAUCAAAAUGAUUCAAUUUGAACUUUAUUGAAAUGUAGGAGCUUCGGUCUGAUCACACAAAUGUUUUCUGGUUUUCAUUAACAAAACUGGUGAUAACAGGAAGUGACUGUACUUUAACGUCACGUCGUUAAUGUCACGCGGCUGCCAUCGGGACGCAGCGGGAUCGCUUUUGAACCUGCUGAUAGGCACAGAGUCGGCAUGACGACAGCCUCUGUCAAGUGUUUAAAAAAACAAAUACAAACCAUGAGUUUUGGGCGUUGUUUGCUGCCCCCCUGUGGUCAACCAGUGUCAUUUCCUCUCCUUUGAAGCCGUUCAACACGUUCCUGGGGAUCAUGCAUGUGUUUUGUGUUGAGGAGCGUGCACGUGUGAGGAAGAGUCGAAGGCCUUCGUCCUCUGAAAAGUGAUUUCAUGUAAAUUAUGUUUGGAAAUGAUGAUGGGCUCUGUGAUCUUUAUACUGGAAGAAAAGCUGAAUGUGAUUUUUCUUUUUUUAAUGAAUCUGAAUAAAAAAAAGAAAUGUUGGUUUCUGUCAGUGAUGCAUAUUAUUAGGAACACCUGGGUCUGAGCAGGGGUCAAAUCCCGCUCCGGGUCAUUCUGUGGGGAUUAAGUCAUCAAGCAAGAAAUUGUCUCAAACAUUCAUCUCUCUUCACCUUUUCAUCAUUUAUCAGUUUUCUUUGACCAGGUCGUUAAAGUGGAUCUAUUUUGUUUCUAUUCUUGGACUGUACCAGACCAGCUUUGCAUGAUUCAAAAUAAUCCUUCUGUAUAUCAUACCUGGCCUCACUGCUGCUGAAAUAGGCUGGUUUAGCUCCUCCCACUUUAAGACAGCAUUCUGAUUGGCUGCUUCUUGAAAAACAGGGCACCACCUCUCUGUGACAUCAUCCAGAUUCAAGAGUAGAAAAAACUGAGACUGUGUCUAGAGCAGCUGAGCUUUAACAUGAAGGACACAACGCAGGAACAGGAAAUACACGACAGGAAGUGAGCAGAAGCAGGUCCACUUUAACUCGGGGUCACCCUCGAUGGUCCCGCCGACGUGUCGACCGUGUUUCAGAGCGUCUCCGGCGUCGGAUGAGGCUCUCAGCUUUUUGAUGUGCCGUCGUUUAAAAAACGCUCCAGCUGCUUUCUGCGCUGUUCUCCUGCUGCACAUCUGUAAUUCAAACCACACAGCAGCGCCCGAAUGACUGAGGCAGUUUGAUCCGUUUUCAUCUUUUUCCUGUCAGGUGAUGGUGUCUGUCUCCGCCCACCACAAAACCUCAGCACGACCUUUUAUCGAGAACGUUAAACUUUAUUGAAUCAGCUGCGAGAACAGCAACGCUGAAAGUUUGAAGGAGCGUUUGGACCCGUCAGAUUCACCGGUUCUGUUUUUAUUGAACUUGUUCCCCCCCCACACACGCAUAAUGAAGGGGCCAGAUAAAGUCACAUGAUCAGUGUUUGGACCUGUCAGGUAACGGAUUGUGUUCGACAUGAUUUCACCUGUGACCUCUUUAAAAGACUGUACAUGGAGGAUGGAGGUGGUGACGCUGAGGACCAAGGUUGCGGCACGUUUCUUCUUUCUGACUCUCAGGUAAUGUCAGAAUCUACCUCUGCAGGUGAGACUGAAUAAAGAGGCGUCACAGCUUUGGAGAGCUUCUUGUUUGACUAACGACCCCUCGUUACCGUGUUCCUACAGUCUGUCUCGCUUUUCAAUAAACGUUUUGUAGAAUUUGCAGCGCUGCUGGUUUCUGUUCUUUGAUUCCUGUUUGUUCCUCAUGUUGAUCAGGUCGUUGUUUUCAUAACGG